UUGCAGGAGUCACAGGCAGAGUGAGUGCUGCAGAGGCAAAGAUGCUGCUGCCUAGCUCCCUUACACUUAUAACCGCCUUGUUCUGCUUUACCACGCUGAUGUCUGUCAGAGGCGAGCCGAUCUUCAAGAGGAGGGAUCAUUCUGAUACACAGCUUCAGAAGCACCAAGCCCCCCGUGUCCUCACCACCCGAACUGCAGAGGAAUAUUUAACAAAGUUUGGCUGGGGUGAUCCUAUUGACUGGGGGCAUCAACUGUCAGAGAAGGACACAGCUCCACAAGAGAAUAACCCUGCUCCCCAAGAUGCACCUCAGCUCAUGACUGAGGGGACCUCUGGAGAGUCUGACACAGAGGAGCCCACGGACAAACUUUCUUACCUUCACAAUCUGAAGGAAUUCCAGAAAGCCAAUGGCCUGGAUCCCACUGGAGUCCUGGACAAUGCCACCCUCAAUGUAAUGAACAUGCCUCGUUGUGGAGUGCCCGACAAAGUGCUGCUUGUAAAUAGUUCGCUGUCCAACACAACCUCACAGAAUGAGUCAGACAGCACUCUGACUGAAAGCAUGGGACCUGGCUCCAACAGUACCGGGCCAAGGUCUGUCAGGAAGAAGCGUUUCCUUGCCAAUCUGGUGGCGCAUGCCAGGACAAAGCGAGAUAGCCGAGAUGCCCUGGGUAGGGCAGCCAGUAGCCUCGGGUUCUCGAAGAGAAAGUUGAAGUGGCGCCUGAUGGAUGAGGCUUUCACCAUCCAAAUGAGCAUUGAGCAACAGAAGAAUGUCCUGAGGCUGGCCUUCCGCAUGUGGAGUGAGGUCACCCCGCUGGAGUUUGAGGAGGACUUGGUUUCUCUUCCCACUGAUAUUGACAUUAAACUUGGCUUUGGAACAGGGCAACAUCUCGGCUGUUCUCAGGACUUUGAUGGGACAGGACAGAUCUUCGCCCAUGCUUGGUACUUGGCCGAUAUCCACUUUGACGACGCUGAACAUUUUGUUGUCACCAACAACGGUCAGGGCAUUAGUCUCCUUCCGGUUGCCGUCCACGAAAUUGGCCACACCCUGGGUCUGUCCCAUCUCCUUCGAACAGGCUCUGUCAUGCACCCCAAUUACAACACCCAGAGUGAAAACUUUGAAUUGGACUGGUUGGACAGAAAGGCCAUACAGCGUUUAUAUGGUGUUUGUGAAGGUCCUUUCAGCACGGUUUUUGACUGGGUCUAUCAGCGUGAGAACUCCGAUGGCACUGUAACUUACCACUUCAAUACGUACUUCUUCAGGAAGAGCUGGUACUGGAUGUACGAGAACCGAAGCAAUAGAACACGGUACGGAGAUCCUAUUCCUAUCUCUGCAGGCUGGCGCAAUCUCCCUGAUUCCAAUAUCAAUGGCUAUGUUCAUGUCUGGGCCUGGAGCAGUAAUGUGGAGGAGAAGAGGGAUGCCCAGUACUUCUUCAAAGGGACACAGUACUGGCAUUAUGAUCCCAUUAAUGAUAUGGCUUUUACUGAGGAUGCACAUGGCACCAGAUAUCCCAAGCCCAUCAGUGAAGGGUUCCCUGGUGCCCCCAGUCCAAUAGAUACUGCAUAUUUUGACAGAAGGGACCGAAAUAUUUAUUUCUUCAGGGGCAAUGAGGUGACUGCCUUCGCUAUUGAUCUUAAUCAGAAGGUCAACGGGUUUCCGAAAAAGAUUGUGGAUUUUUUCCCACCCGUUGUGGCCGGCGACCAUCCAGUGAGGAACCUGGACGCAGCGUUCUACUCCUACACACACCGCGCUCUCUUCUUCCUGAAGGAUCAGUAUUUCUGGAAGGUGGUGAGCGAACAGGAACGUCAGGUCAACCCUGCGCUGCCAGUCAGGGGCCUGCACAGCCGCGGAAGAGUGUCCGAGCAAUGGUUUGACAUCUGCGACAUCCAUUCAUCGAUGCUCGGUGUGUUGCCCAGUUAAGGGUCACGCAACAGCCCCACACUUUUGAGACGCCGUACCGCCAUUUUGCUAUGCACUUACAAUGAGUGUGGGUGAGGAGCUAGCCGCAUCUUUUCUACGUGUGUUUUGUAAAUACGGUGUGUGUUUUUUUUGCUACAGCUUCAGUUGAAUGGGCAGUGAUAGAGGUGAAAUGGUGUUUUGCAGUUUCCAACUUGGCCCAGUUCUUCUGUCCCUGCAAGCGCAGAAACAGAAGGUAGAACUUGGAAAGAGCCCUCUGUAACAACAAUCAUCCACAGGUUCUGGUGGCAGGGAGCACUGAUGAAGUCAGAAGAGUAACACAUAAUUAUUGAUCAAGCCUUUUCUAUAUUUAAUAGGUGACAGUGAGAACUGGAGGCAGUACCCAGCUCAAAAGGACAGGGUUAAGCAGAUAUCUAAAAAGAGACCUUCGUUUGUGCAUUUAUAUAACUAGAAUGUAUGUGGAGGGUCAGUGUUUAAAGACUUUUUUGCUAUUCACAGUCGAGUAUCACUGACAAGGCCAGUCAUUGUUGCAUACCCCUGUUGAGUAGGCUAUGGUCAGCUGCCUGCUUGCUGUGUUGCAGCCCAUGUGGUUCCACAUCCCCCCCACCAUUGCUGUUGAUCUGACUAAGUAAAUGCCCUUGUUUGAUGUCUCAGUAUCAAGUUUUGUCCAGUGGUGUUCCUAGGUGGUUACUGAGGACAUUUUACGAUGUUAAAGGCACUAUAUAAACACAGGUUUAUAUUUUCCCCCACUUUCCCCCCACAGUGAUCGAGAACGCCCUCGACCGCGUCUCCCGUAUUUCCCGCAACACGUCCCUCACACCCCGCCCCCGCCACAACCGCCCAAAGAGGAUCCCCCUCGUUCUCACACACCACCUCACCAACCUCCGGAUACAACGCAUCAUCCUCCUACACUUCCGCCAUCUACAAUCCGACCCCACCACCCAAGACAUUUUUCCGUCCCCACCCCUGUCGGCUUUCUGGAGAGACCACUCUCUCCGUGACUCCCUUGUUCGCUCCACACUGCCCUCCAACCCCACCACACCCGGCACCUUCCCCUGCAACCGCAGGAAAUGCUACACUUGCCCCCACACCU